AACCACAUACAAUUUGACAGAGUGAAUCAGCUGUCAAAAAAGAAUCGUGUAAACAUUGUGUGUUCCAAUUGGUUUUCUUUAUCAAUAAUUGUUGAAAAUGAUUAAAUUUUAUUGAAAAAAUGUGUUCGCGAUAUGCAAACGCAAUAUGUUGUGUGUGCCAACGCUAUUUGGAUCAAUCGAGUAAUCGAAUAAUUGUGGAAAUUUGCGGACAUCAAAAGUGUCGAGAAUGUUUUAUCAAAGAAGAAGACGGGUGCUCACUUUGUGUACAAAAUAAACAAAAAUUCACAACGGAAAGCCAAUCAAGUAGCCAUAGAAAUAGUUAUGAAGUGAUUCCAUCGAGCAAUGAAAGUGCAACCAUUAUCGGAGAUGAUGGUGGUGCCCAUGAACCUCGUGUAGUGGAAGAAAUAAACGAAGAUGUGUCACAUAUUAUUACUUUCAAUGAGACUGAGGGUGAAGUGCGGUAUAAAUGCUUAAUUUGCGAGAAAAUAUUUAAAAGUCGAAACAAUCGUAAAUAUCAUCUAUUCUGCGAUAAAACACGCUCGAAACCAUUUCAAUGCAAUCGAUGUGACAAGCAAUUCAUUACGCUGGCCCACAUGAACUACCAUCAAAACACACAUGACACUGAUAAAAACUUUACAUGCACGCACUGCCAAAAGGUCUAUUCAGGUCCAAUGGCAUUGAAAAAACACAUGAAAAAACAUCAAAACGAAUUAAAAUACCAUUGUUCGCAAUGCGAUGAAAAGUUCCUGUAUAAAGAGCAGUUGAACAUGCAUCAAAAUCGACACAAUAACGUAUUUCACACGUGUCCCGAGUGCGGAAAACGAUUUUUAGUCAAAUCAAAUUUAACGAAGCACAUUCAAUGUCAUUCAGGUCAAAAUCGAAAAAUUUGUACAAUAUGCAAGAAUUCAUUUAGUGGGAAUAGUGCCUUAAAAACUCAUAUGCUUACACAUUCAAAAUCGAAACCACAUCAAUGUGAAAAAUGCUCUAAAAAAUUCAUCGACCAGCGAACACUCGAGCGCCAUUUAAAAACGCAUAUGGAUAAUAUAUUCUACGAAUGUACACUGUGUUCGGCAAAAAGUGGUCGAAAGGAUAAUAUUCGGCGACACGUUCGGAAUUUACAUUCAGAGUCGGACGAAGAAUUGCGUCAAAUUUUGGAGAAGAUUUUUGCUAAUUUUGAACAAAGGAAAACCAAAUCGUCCGCCAUGUCUGUUGGAGUAAAAGAGAAGAAGACUGAACAUUUGAAAAUGGUUAUGGAUACUGAACUAUCGGUGGAUGUAACAGUGUGUGCACAAGAAUUAAAUGAAGUGAAAAAAACAAUUGAAGAGCCAUACAAAGGCCCAAGUGUUGUUCGAAAUAUUGCAACCUCCGUUAUUAAAUUUGCGGGCCGAUCACAAAGUCUACGAUGUGCGGAAAGCAACGAAAAUAUUGAUGUGAAACAAGUGAAUGUAUCUGUUGUUGAGUCUGAACCGCAACAAGACGAACAACUAAAUGCAGUGGCCAUUGAACCAGAUCCAAUUGCAGAAAUUGGCGUUAAUCUGCCAUCACUUGACUUGAAUUUGCCAUCAAACUACGAUCCAUUCCCUGAAGAUAUAGCCCCGUUACCAUUAAUCAAUACCCAUACGAAUCUGACGGUAUAUCGCCAAUUGCUGUCACCAUAUCUUAAGAAACAACCAGCAAUCACAAACAACGUGAAUUCAAUCGCCAAAACGACUGACGAAUCGAAUGGAUGUCCCAAGAAAACUUUUAUGACUAGCUCAAGUACUACCAUGGUCAUUGAUCGGCCACCAAAGAAAAUGAUUGAAAAAUAUGAGAUUUAUCGCAAAUGAAUUUAAUUAUAAAUAAAAUUCCAUGUUUUUAAGGAAACAGAGAAAUUUGAAGAAAAAUGAUUUACAAUACAGAGACA